AUGCCUUUACUGGUUUCACGGAUCCGAAAUCAAGAAUGUGAGUUUCCCGCUGGCAAAUUAGAAAUCAAAGAUGAUCGUCCAGCCGAUACUAUCUCAUAUGCCGCCUCGAAUCUCGUCAAACCUGGUCUUUCAAGUAAACGACAACAAUCAGAACCUCCAAUUGGUCGGAAUGUCUUCCCGCCAACGCCGCCUCCUGAGUCUGAGAAGUCAAGUAGUUCGGGUUCAGGACAAAUGUCACGAGGAAUGUCUGUUCGGAAUGGACCUAAGCCAAUGCCCGCCAAGCUCAAUAUCGAGAAAGCUCGUCCGAAUGAACGGUAUGAGAUCCGGGAUGAUGGCAGGUCACCACCACAACCACAACGACGAGGCACUUCACGAACGGCAUCAGAACCAAGAGGGCCGCCAGUCAGGCAAUACUCCUCUCGAGAUGGAUCUCGGCCGAUGCAACGACGGAGAUCUAACGACGAAGAAGAGGAUGAAUACCCCGGCGAGCUUUACGACAUGUACCGAAACUCCCGCAGCAGUCGGCAAAACGGCGCACGGCGCCAACAACCUCGGUAUAUCGAGGAGGAAGAGGAAUAUGCCAGCGACUACGAUGACGGUUCCUUCGACGAGAAUGAUUUCGAAAUGGUUUCAAAUAACCGGCCACCUCCUAGAUCACGUGCUGCAUCUUCUUCGGGCCGUGGCCAAUCGAGGAAACCUGACGUGCGCAAGAUCCGCGUCAAGGUCCACGCAGAAGACGUCCGGUACAUUAUGAUUGGCGUCGCUGUAGAGUUUCCGGAUCUCGCGGAUAAGAUAAGGGAGAAGUUUGGGCUAAGGAAACGUUUCAAGAUCAAGGUCCGUGAUGACGAUAUGCCGGAUGGAGAUAUGAUUACGCUGGGAGAUCAGGAUGAUUUGGAUAUGGUCGUUAUGAGCGUGAAGGCGAAUGCGAAAAAGGAACGUUUGGAUAUGGGGAAGAUGGAAGUUUGGGUACAAGAGGUUUGA